AUGAAAGAUAUUAGAGAAUCGAGGAGACUUGUGAGGAUGUAUAGUUUCGACGUCGUUGACAGGCUCCCAGCAGGGAACGAUGCCUACAGGCUGGGCCGAGUUCUGAACCAAAGUGUUGGCGAGGCUCGCAGCCCAACAGAUCCUUGGCUCAAGUUUUUCCAGCCAUGGGAACCAUCAGAAGAGAACGACAGUAACCCAGUGACCAGGAUCGUCUCCGUGGAGGCGGCAAAGCUUUGCGAGAAAUGGGUGAAAUUUCGACAGAGCUGUUCCAAGGAUGACCAGCUGGACUUGACCACAUCUGAGCCGACUAUUGAUAGCGUUCUUGACAUGGUAGAACGGAUGAACAAGGCGUGGCAAGAGAAAAGGAAACAGGGAGCGGGGGGGAAGGCAAUGGCUUUUUUCCACAAGUUUUGCGGAACGCUUGACUCUCAUAGUUCGCUUCUGAAACUUCUGCCUGAGGGGAAUGAGUACGUUUCCAUCUUUACCGGAACUCUGAAUGCUGUUAUCAAGGCAAGUGUCAAUCACGAACGCAUCGCCGAGGGUGUGUCUGAAGCACUCUCUUCUAUCAGCGAGAACAUCACGGAGUGCAAGGCCGAACUAGAAAUAUUCCACACCAUGGACAUGCUGGAGAGGGUAGCUGAGCUGUACGCGCACGUCUUUCUUUUAUUGUCCAGCAUCAUGGACUAUCUUGCCAAGAAAAGUGUUAUGAGAUUGAUUGAUUCGUUCAACGAGAGUUUGUGCAAGAAAUUUCAAAAUGAGAUAAAGCAGAUAAACGCAAAGUCUGCUGUGAUGCGCAAUAUAGCCGCGCGAGGCUCGCGUGCCGAAUUGCGGGCGACACGACUGAUGGUUGAGGAUCUAGGAAGAGAUGUAAGGAUCGGCCUCGAGGGGGAGGCAAGGAAUCGCGCGGAAAUGAAGAAUUUUGCGAGUCUGGUAGACAGAGAACUCCAACGGGCCGAAAGGGAAAGACAAGAGGUACGACAACUAGUUGUUCGACUCACCUCCAUGUUGCAGCAGGAUGCAAUGGAUUGGAUGACGGGCCAAGGCGCAUUACGCGGCACAUCGCCGUCUCGCGGAUUGACACUUCCAGGCAUGAGCCUCUUGACCACUCCGUCUAUCUUGAGUGCCAUGCCAUCCACGAACAAAUGGACCGCCGAGCAAGUCGCCGUCAACUCGGCGCACCUUGAGGACUUCUUCCACCGUGAUCGCGUGCGCCUGCCAUACGAUCUGUCGGCCGCCGUCAUGAUUCCGCCCGAGACGCUUAAGCAGCUUACAGACUGGACUGCGUCCCGCUCGCCGAGGCUACUUUGGAUCGAGGGCCCUCACAUCGAAGCUGAUGACAUGGAAAACAUGGUGACCAAGAUAGCUGCCAAGUUCGUCGACUUGGCAUCGCAGUGCCGUGUCCCAAUUGUGUCGUACUUCUGCGAGUUACGCCGUGGCGAACCUCUCCGUCCAGGCCAGUCGCGCGAGACGCAGGGAGCAAUUGCUGUGGCAUCUGCGCUGCUACGACAAAUGAUUGAGCUCCUCCUACCACGCUUUGAGGCCGAGAUGGACUUAUCAGAAGCCCGGUUUCGUCCGUUCGAUGGAACCGUCGGAUCGUGGGACGAAUCCAUGGCAGUGAUUCGGGAACUGACAGAGUUGAUGCCAGAUGAGGUGUUUUGUGUUAUCGACGGGUUGCAUUGGCUAGAUGACACUAGCGCCGAGAAGUACUUGAAGGAGUUGAUACAUUUGCUGAGAGGUAGUAAGCUUAAAGUUUUGUUCACGACAUCAGGCAGGGCUGCUUGCUUGCGAGAGGAGUUGUCCGUCUCGGAGACGUUGGUUCUAGAGACAUUCGGCCAAAAUUGUGCUACCGGCGCGUUAGACGAUAGUGCUUUCGAGACACUUGGCGACUGA